UGAAAGAUUUAAUACAUUUUUUUAAAAAAAAAAUAAAUUACCUUAUUGACAGCCCUGUAUAGGCAAAUGCGGCCAGCGCACACCGGCUUGCUGCUUAUAUAGGUCCUGAUUGACUGAUGUGAUGUCGUUCUACUCAUAUCUGGGCUUCUCCUCCCCUUCCCAGCCAUCAUCGGCCAUCGCCGGCUCGCCGUGAAUUCCAACCUGUCCGUUCCACUUGCGUGAUCAAUCCGGACCGCUCAUGGCUUCCAUCGUUCUCCUGCUGUCGGAGCUGCUGGGCGGGGAGAGCGCCAGCGUGCUGGCGGCCGAGCGCUACAUGAGCGGCCACCGGUGCCUGGCGGGGGAGUUCCGGCCGGCCGUCACGGAGGCGCCGGGCACCAGGCAGGGCCAACGGCUGGUGGUGGUGGCAGACCAGCACGCGGCCGCCGCGGGGACAGAGCGGGCGCGGGUGCGGGAGGAGGACAAGGAGGAGUCGUUCGAGGACCUCGCGGCGUCCAGGUUCGCGGUCGACGUCAUGUGGCCUUGAGCGAGAGUCGUCGUUUUGCCCCAGCCCAGACUUUAAUUUGGACUGUGUACUGGUACUUGCCUAAUUGCUUCUUGCCGUACGUGUCGUUGCGUACUGCAUGCACAUGCUCGAUCCAUCCUCAGUUACUUCCGGUUCUUCGACAUGUAGUACUCUCUCCAUCGAAGGUCAUUUCAAGAAUCUUAAGAAGUUUAACCAAAUUUAUAUUAUAAAAUAUUAUUAGAUUCUCUCUUAA